CAUUUUCUUUCUCUCUUUUCUUCUUUUCUACUUGACUCUCUAUCCUCAACUAGUCAAUUCCUCUUUCUCUUUCCACAAGGCAACAACAACAACAGGGUUGAUGCAAUUUUUGUUCCCAUAAUAAUGUCUGGGAGAAGGAGGAGGAAGUUGAAAUUGUUGAGUGAUACAAUUACUGACAGCAGAAGAGCUGCAGUGGAGGUGGAAAAUGAAAAUUUGGAGCUGCAAACUUGGUCUGAUCUCCCUACUGAACUCUUAGAAUUAAUUCUGUCCCGUUUAAGUCUAGAUGAUAAUGUUCGGGCUUCGGUUGUUUGCAAGAGAUGGCAUUCUGUUGCCACUUCUGUAUGUGUGGUAAACCAAUCACCGUGGUUAAUGUAUUUUCCGAAAUUUGGUGACUGGUAUGAAUUCUAUGACCCUGUGCACCGCAAAACAUAUUCCAUUGAGUUGCCAGAGUUGAGUGGAUCUAGAGUUUGUUACACCAAAGAUGGUUGGUUACUUCUAUACCGUCCCAGAACUCACCGCGUGUUCUUCUUCAAUCCCUUUACUCAGGAGAUUAUCAAACUACCAAGGUUUGAGAUGUCAUACCAAAUAGUUGCCUUCUCUUGUGCUCCAACGUCAUCUGACUGUGUUCUGUUUACUGUUAAGCAUGUUAGUCCUACCGUUGUGGCCAUCAGCACAUGUUACCCCGGGGCAACAGAAUGGACCACUGUUAGUUACCAAAACCGCUUGCCCUUUGUCAGUAGCAUCUGGAAUAAGCUUGUGUUUUGUAAUGGACUCUUUUAUUGCUUGAGUCUCACAGGUUGGCUAGGGGUGUUUGACUCAUCUGAACGCACUUGGAGUGUUCUUUCCGUACCUCCACCCAAGUGCCCAGAGAAUUUUUUUGCCAAAAAUUGGUGGAAGGGAAAAUUCAUGACAGAGCACGAGGGAGAUAUAAUAGUAAUUUAUACAUGUUCUAAUGAAAAUCCCAUCAUUUUUAAGUUAGAUCUGACGUUAUUGGAAUGGGAAGAGAUGACAACACUGGAUGGAGUAACUCUUUUUGCUAGUUUCUUGUCUUCUCAUGCAAGGACUGACCUCCAUGGAAUAAUGAGAAACAGUGUCUUCUUCUCUAAAGUUCGUUUUUAUGGAAAGCGUUGCAUAUCAUUCUCUCUUGAUGGCUAUAGAUACUAUCCUCGUAAGCAGUGGCAUGACUGGGGAGAACAAGACCCUUUUGAAAACAUAUGGAUUGAACCGCCAAAAGAUUUCUCUGGGUUCACAUGAAGAAUUUUAGUGAAACAAUUCAUUAGUGAAGCUCAUUUGGAAGCAUGCCGAAGGCAGCGUCUUUACUCAAUAGCAGGCUACUAUUAUGUGAAGAAUCACAUCUGUUGGGGAAAGCUUAGACUUAACCCCGUUGAUUAUCCAGUCUCUCUGCUGAUCUAGAAUUUUUAAGAUUUUUCCCAACACAAUAGUGAUGUAGUUUUUAUGCAGAAUAAUUGGAGUUCGUACUAGAAUUACCUACAGAUUUAUUGAGUCGUUUAUUUGGGCAUAUGAUCUGUAGAUUUAUUUAUUUUUAUGAUUGUUAUUCAUCUUUAACUUUUAUUUGGAUCGUCAAAUAAUUCAUUUUAGCCGUCUUUAGCAACCGGAAGCUUGUUUUAGUGAAUUCUCAAAGAA